GUUUUCAUUUCCUCAUGGGGAGAAGAACCACGAUAAAGAAGAGCAGACACAGCACACUGCAGCUCUGUCACCAUGGGGAACUGGGCUGUGAAUGAGGGGCUCUCCAUCUUUGUCAUUCUAAUGUGGCUGGGGAUGAACGUCUUCCUCUUUAUCCAUUACUACAAGGUUUAUGAUGAACAACCAAAGUACUUUUACACUAGAAAACUCCUUGGGAAAGCUCUGGCCUUGGCCAGGGCUCCUGCAGCCUGCCUAAAUUUCAAUUGCAUGCUGAUCCUGCUGCCAGUGUGUCGAAAUCUGCUGUCCUUCCUCAGGGGCUCCAGUGCGUGCUGCUCAACAAGAAUUCGAAGACAAUUGGAUAGGAACCUCACCUUUCAUAAAAUGGUGGCAUGGAUGAUAGCACUUCACACUGCAAUUCAUACAAUUGCACAUCUAUUCAAUGUGGAGUGGUGUGUGGAUGCCCGAGUCAACAAUUCUGACCCUUAUUCAAUAGCACUCUCCAAUAUUGGAGACAAAAAGGGUGAACAUUAUCUCAAUUUUGCUCGAGAAAGAAUCAAGAACCCUGAAGGGGGCCUGUAUGUGGCUGUGACUCGGUUGGCAGGAAUCACUGGAAUUGUUAUCACGCUUUGUCUCAUCUUAAUUAUCACCUCCUCCACAAAAACCAUCCGCAGGUCUUACUUUGAAGUGUUUUGGUACACACAUCAUCUCUUUGUUAUCUUCUUCAUUGGUCUUGCCAUCCAUGGAGCUGAACGAAUUGUACGUGGGCAGACUACAGAAAGUUUGGAGAACCACAAAAUACAUAAAUGUGCACAAAAUAUCACAGAGUGGGGCAAAGUAAAGGACUGCCCAAUCCCAGUCUUCUCUGGGAAUCCUCCCAUGACUUGGAAAUGGAUAGUAGGUCCCAUGUUCCUGUAUCUCUGUGAGAGGUUGGUCCGCUUUUGGCGAUCUCAACAGAAGGUGGUCAUCACCAAGGUGGUUACUCACCCGUUCAAAACUAUUGAGCUGCAGAUGAAGAAAAAAGGAUUCAAGAUGGAAGUGGGACAGUACAUUUUUGUCAAGUGUCCCCAGGUGUCGAAGCUGGAGUGGCACCCUUUCACACUGACCUCUGCCCCUGAGGAAGAUUUCUUUAGCAUCCAUAUCCGCAUCGUCGGUGACUGGACAGAGGGGUUAUUCAAUGCCUGUGGCUGUGAUAAGCAGGAAUUUCAAGAUGCCUGGAAACUACCCAAGAUAGCAGUUGAUGGCCCCUUUGGCACAGCUAGUGAAGAUGUGUUCAGCUAUGAGGUGGUGAUGUUGGUGGGAGCAGGGAUUGGUGUCACACCUUUCGCCUCCAUUCUCAAAUCAGUCUGGUACAAAUAUUGCAAUAAUGCGACCAAUUUGAAGCUCAAAAAGAUCUAUUUCUACUGGCUAUGCAGGGACACACAUGCCUUUGAGUGGUUUGCAGAUCUGCUGCAGCUGUUGGAGACCCAGAUGCAGGAAAGGAACAAUGCCGAUUUCCUCAGCUACAACAUCUAUCUUACUGGCUGGGAUGAGUCUCAGGCCAAUCACUUUGCUGUUCACCAUGAUGAGGAGAAAGACGUGAUCACAGGCCUGAAGCAAAAGACUUUGUAUGGACGUCCCAAUUGGGAUAAUGAGUUCAAGACAAUUGCAAGUCAACACCCUAAUACCAGAAUAGGAGUUUUCCUCUGCGGACCUGAAGCCUUGGCCGAAACCCUCAAUAAGCAAAGCAUCUCCAACUCCGACUCUGGCCCUCGAGGAGUGCAUUUCAUUUUCAACAAGGAAAACUUCUAACUCAUCUCUCCCACAAGGAAAAAUUAGGUUAUGCUUCCAUGUGCCCAAAUAUUACUGGUUGAUAAUACAAGUUUCCUGCUUCCAAAAAAAAGAAAGAGAGAGAGAGAGAGAGAGAGAGAGAGAGAGAGAGAGAGAGAGAGAGA